ACAGGCGAAUGAAUAAGAAGCCGAAGCCGAUGGAAGGAAAAAAAGUUACACACACACACUUUUCAAAAACUUCGCGAACCUUAAACUGUGUGGAUGUGCGUCGUCUGCGCUCCGUGAAUUUUUAAGCGAAAAUCAAGCAUUCUCUUCUAAAAAAGUGAGCUCCUCAACAGCAGCAAUUAGGCAAACCUUAUCACACGGAGUACUUUGCUCCCUUCUUUCCGGUUUCCCGAGCCACCUCGGUGUGUGUGGACCGGUGUGUGUGUGUUUGUGCGGUGGUUGUAUUUAUGUAGUGCGGUGUAUGUGUUUUGUGGAGUCCCUUAUGUGAAUAGUAAGUGCAUACGAUAAGAAAGUUGGAAGUAAAGAUAAAAAAGGCUCCCCAAUUAUCCAGAUCCAACUGGGCCACGCCGCAUAGAGCAAGUGGUGUGGGUUGCUAGGAUAGGAAGCCGUGCUUCCUGGGCGCGUACCGAAGUGUCUGGGGGUAGUGGUGGUGCAUAGAGCCUGUUUUGUAUCCCUAAAGUGAAAAGUGCAAAAGAAAUUUACUUCCAACAAGUGCAAAGUUUGCAUUUUUUUGUUUGGUUAAUGUAUCCGGAAGUAUGAGGUUGGUGCUUGUGUCCUGAAGAAAUUGAUCCGAAUAAUUUUUCGACGUGGCUAACGUUUGGUACGAAAACGCUCAACGUGUCCCGAUUGAAGAGAGAAAGAGAUAAUUUUCCAACACCGCACGGCCGUGAACGGUGUAGUCACCGGAUACAUAAAUUCUUGAAGUUCCAGCCAAUCUAAGCGCGCGGUGAUUAUUGCGAACAAUCAAGAGGAAAAGGCCGGCAGUCACAGCAACCAUGGCGGCUCAGGAGAUCGAAAACGGCACGACAUGGGGCAAAGAGUUAUGGGAUCAAUUUGACAAUCUUGCCACACACACGCAGAAAGGAAUUGACUUCUUCGAACGAUUCGGUAACUUCAUUCGUGAUCGCAGUGCCAUCGAAGUUGAAUAUGCGCUUAAGCUGAGACGACUGGUGAAGAACUAUCAACCCAAAAAGAGCAAAGAGGACGAAGAAAAUGAAUUUUCCUCCCUGAUUGCAUUCAAAAAUGUCCUCAAAGAGGUAGCCGAUCUGGCUGGGCAGCGUGAAGUGGUAGCGGAAAACCUACAGAACCAGGUGCUGCAGGGCAUUAUGCUGCUGGCAAAGAUUCUGCGCGAAGAGCGCAAAAAAGCGUUGAACCAGGGCGCCGGCUUGACCCAGUCGCUGCACACACAGAUCGGUACGCUCGAUCGGGCGAAACGCAGCUACGAGAAGGCAUUCCGGGAGGCGGAAAAGGCGAUCGAAAGCUACCACAAGGCGGACGCCGAUUUUCACCUCAGCCGGGCCGACGUCGAGAAGCAGCGCGUCAACAUGAACAUACGCAACAGCCAGUCGGAGGACGCGAAGAGCGAGUACGCGAACCAGCUGCAGAUUACAAACAAACAGCAACAGCAGCACUAUCAAAUAGCACUUCCGGAGGUGUUUAACAAGCUGCAGGAGCUGGACGAGAAGCGAACGCGCGGCAUGAAGGAAUUCAUCAAACGUGCGGCAGAUGUCGAGUACGAAGUAUCGCCCAUCAUUGCCCGCUGUCUGGAAGGGAUGGUGAAGGCGGCCGAUUCGAUUAACGAGAAGGACGAUUCGAUGAUCGUUAUAGAAAAAUAUCAGUCCGGUUUUCAACCGCCGGGAGAUAUACCGUUCGAGGAUCUCUCCAAACCAGACCCGGACGCUGCUAACAACUCGCAAACACACAACUCCAGCACGGGACUGAACCACAUGACGGGGAAAGGCACAACGAAGGAUAAGCUUAAGAAACGCGUUGGCAUUUUUGGUAUCUUCACCGGCAAUAAGAAGAUUCUUGAAGCCUACAUACAUGUAAAGAACAACCUUACCACGGACGGUCUGAAGGAAGAUUUCAGCGACCUACCACCGACGCAACGGCGGAAAAAGCUAACCGCCAAAGUGCAGGAACUGCAGCAAAAGGUAGCCCAGGAGCAGGCCGCCAGCGAUGGGUUGAUGAAGAUGAAGGGUGUGUACGAGGCGAACUCGAUGCUGGGCGAUCCGCGCACGGUCGAGGAGCAGCUAAACGAAUCGGUCAACCGGCUGGACAGGUUACGGCACGAGCUGCUGCGCUACCAGAAGCUGCUCGAGCAGGCUAACAACCAAACGUUCAUCCAGCACAGCCCCCAAUCGAACCGUGUGAUACAGAACGGACAACGGUCGUCCAGACAUUCCAACGGUAGCAGUAAUCAUGAGAACAGUCACGACGAUAAUGGCGAAGAUCAUCCCGAUGAUGCCGGUAGCCUUAGCAGGUCAGCUUCCGAAAGUAGUGUACAGCAAGCGCAAAAUGGGCUUAACAUUAACAACAACGGCAGCUCAGCGAGUCCGGAAAGUGGGCUGGGUACAUCGCACACCUCGCUGCCCGGUUCCGGCCAAGGCAGCACGAACGAACAGCCGAUGAACGAGGAAUACUACGAAGCCGAUGCACCGCUCGGCACGUGUCGAGCGCUCUAUCCAUUUGACGCAACGAGCGAAGGCAGCAUUCCAAUGUCCGAGGGUGAAGAAUUGCAAGUGAUAGAGGUAGACCAAGGGGACGGCUGGACCCGGGUGCGGCGGUUUAGCUCGAAGGGCUGGGAGGAAGGAUUUGUACCAACGAGCUACAUUGAGUGUACGCUGUACGCGUAGUGUUGAUCACCACCCCGAUGUGGAGCAGGACGAUCCACCCCAUCCCAAAUGUAAAUAGUUAAUGUUUAAUUGCGGUGUGUGGACGUGCGCGCGCGUGAUGAAGGGUGAAAAAUUCCUCCGCCGCACCCACCCACCGAUCGGUAUGCUUUAGUGUCGGACAAAUAGUAGUGGCAAUUAAAAAUAUUCGUGCUUGCAAAAAAAAAAAUCAUGCGUUAAAUUGCAACCCCCUUGAGCGGAUUGAGUGUGGGAAGGCUCGUGGAACGGAAGUGUCAAAUUCUACUGACAUUGCAUGAUAAGUGAACCAACGCAAGGCCCCCGAUUACAGCACCACAUUUCCGUGUUUGCUCUACUACGCUACACAGUUCUCCUGUCUGGCCGCCCAAUUAGGCUACAGAAUGGCAAUCACAAGCCCAGCAGGAAGCCGGGUUGAACCCCGCACUGGUUUGCGGAUGAACCAUAGAAAACCCCCAUACGAAGAGCUAGUAUUUCGCUUGACCAUUUAGGAAAUUUAAUAUAUACGUUUAGUUAUCGGCGAUCGAAAUGAGAAGAACCUUGAAAUCGCUAUCGGAUAGGAUGCGCUUGUGCUUUUCUUUUUCAAAGGUUAGUUAAUUUUCUUUUAAUAUGAAAUUCUUGCUGCUUACGAUAAAACUAUUGUGCGAACGAAUAACAAAAACAAACAAAAAACAUCCUCGAAUCACACGAAGCACACGAAAGGGAAAAGGAAAUAGCUUAGCAGGCGCACAGAAACGAGACCAAUCCCCCCCGUACACCGUGGUGCGCGCGUAAUCUAUUGCCAUGAACGCUGUUCGAUAACACGCUCCAACUACACGAUUCGCACAGUUUGAUGAGUGCAAACACUAUCUAGCCGAACACCGACACAUCAAACCUUACAAAAAUACCAUUCGAAGCUUUAGUGGACGCAUUUUAACCAUUAAAGUUUUAAAGAUCGCUUUACACCACCGUCACGGGUAUCUUUCGUUUGAAAUGCUUCCGUUCCGUGCUGACUCCCUGUCAGACUCCGGCGUGUCCAUUGCAUGUGCAAACGAGGAGUUUAAAGUUGAUAUCAUGCUAAAUAUAUCGUGUAGCCCCACCCCCAGCUGCAUCAUCAUCAUCAUCAUCAUUAUCCGUGUUGAACGACGGUGUAGUACGGUUUAGAAUAGACUUAAGAACGGAAAGAGAGCAAGGAAUAAGGAGCGUGAAAGUACCAUAGUUUCUUUAUGCUUUUUUGCUGAGAAGUACUACUGUGUUAACAAUAUAUUACGCUCUCGUAUAUGUCGUAGUGUCCUCGUAUGUCUUGGUGGCACAUUCGCGUCCAUAAACUUUACUUGUCCGGUACUCUAUCGGUAGUCAAUGCGCUGAAAACGAAUCAAAAUACGGUGUCCUUCGUUGUUCGUCGUCCCAUUUCGAAUCCCAUAUGGGGUGUGUGCGUGGCUGGGCAACGCAAACCUCCAAUUUCGAAAGCCACUACGUACGCUACAGUUACACACGUUCAUCACCGCAAUACAGUUGGUACUGUUGUAAGAUACUCUAUAGGUGACUUUUGCUCUUCUUCCACUAAAUAAAACAGUUAAAAAGGUAACAAAAAAUACUCCAUCGACAAGCAAGUGUAAUGCAACCAUCCCGAAACAUAAAGCUAAUGGCAUGUUUGUAAUAUAACACACACACAGCAAUA